ACGCUGGGCGCUGACGUCAACACACGAGCCGGAAGAAGAUUGAGGCGCCAAAUUUUGUAAUAACCCUUCACUGGAAAAAAAGAAGGAAAGAGACGGAAUGAAUUAUGAAUUUUAAAGGAAAAGUCACCGGGGAGUCAAGCAGCAACAGUGAUGGAGAUGCCAUCAAGGUGUUUGUUCGGGUUCGACCGUUGACUCAAGGCACGGGGUUAACAACAGAUGGCGAUCACAGCUUGUGUCUGACAGUGACCUCUCCUCAAACUGUCAGACUGCACUGCAAACCUGAGCCAAGAAACUUCACAUACGACCAUGUAGCUGAUAUGAACACAAGCCAGGAGGAGGUUUUCUCCAGUGUGGCUAAAAACAUUGUGCAUUCCUGCAUUAACGGAUACAAUGGCACCAUUUUUGCCUACGGACAGACGGGUUCAGGAAAGACCUUCACCAUGCUGGGUCCAUCAGAGGUGGAUAAUUUCUCAGAUGAGCUGCGUGGUGUGAUUCCUCGUAGUUUCGAGUAUCUUUUCUUCAUCAUACACAGAGAAGUGGAGAGGUCUGGUGGGAUGAAGAGUUUCCUGUGCAAGUGUUCAUUCAUAGAGAUCUAUAAUGAACAGAUAUAUGACCUGUUAGACAGCGUGUCCACCAGCCUGUUUCUGCGAGAGGACAUCAAACGGGGUGUGUUUGUAGAAGGAGCCGUGGAGAAAUACGCAGCAUCUGCCGCUGAGGCUUAUCAGGUGUUGUCUAUGGGCUGGAGGAACCGGCGAGUGGCAUCCACAUCAAUGAAUCGAGAAUCAUCUCGCUCGCAUGCCGUGUUCACCAUGACGCUUGAAUCAAAGGAGACCAGACAGGAAGUGGUCAACAUCCGCACUUCUCAGCUCAACCUGGUCGAUCUCGCUGGGUCAGAGAGACAGCGGGACACACAUGCAGAGGGUUCACGUCUUAAGGAGGCGAGCAGCAUAAACCGGUCACUGAUGUGUUUGGGUCAGGUGAUCAUGGCCCUGGUGGAUGUGUCCAAUGGAAAGAACCGUCAUAUCUGCUACAGAGACUCCAAACUGACCUUCCUGCUCAGGGACUCUCUGGGUGGAAAUGCUAAGACUUACAUCAUUGCUAACGUUCAUCCUGGCUCCAGAUGCUUUGGAGAGACACUGUCCACCCUGCAGUUCGCACAGAGAGCCAAGCUCAUCAAAAAUAAGGCUAUGGUGAAUGAAGACACUCAGGGUAACGUCAGACAACUGCAGGCAGAAGUCCGAAAACUAAAGGAACAGCUCGCAAAUGCUCUUUCACAAACGCAUAUCACAGAGAUCACACUAGCAGACCAACACACAGGCCAGUCUGAUAUUGAGGUUUCCCAUAAGGCGCAGUUUGUUCAGGCCAUGCACUUCUGGAAGAAAGGACAAGAGGAGAAGAAGGCUCUUCAGGAGAAGGUUUCUCAGCUGCAGGCUGCCUGGGCUCAGAAGGAGAAGUUCAUUCAGUCCAACCGUAUGAUCCUGAAGUUCAGAGACGAUUACAUUGCUCAGCUGAAGAAAGAGCUGCAGAGCGGCCAGAGAUCAGAACCUGAGGAGCAGAUCCGUCAGCUGCAGGAGGAGAUACGACUGCUGCGAGAUCAGGUGGAGCAUCACCCGAGGAUUAUGCGCUAUGCAGCAGAAAACUGCGGCCUGCGGGAGGAGAUCAGAUAUCUACGGUCUCUAGAUUCAGUCAGAUCUGCUGGUGAGAUUGAAGUUCAGUCUUUGACCGCACUGGAGAAAACCUUCCUACAACUGCUGGAGGCUCAGACAACAGAUGACACCACUGAAGAAAUCGAGACUCAUCAGACCAGGCAACAUUUUUCCAGUCUUCAACUGUCCAAUUUUGCUCCGCCCACCUACUCCACACCUGUUACCAUGGAAACAUUGUCAUCAAUUUCUGUGGAGAGGAUGAAGGUUCAGCUGCUGCAGAAACAGUCUGAGCUCACUGCAACAGUUCAGGCCUUUGAGGAGUUUAAAGAGAUCAACAAAAAACAGCUGGCCGAGUUGGAAUCUGAGAAACGGUAUCUUGAGAAAUCCAACAAACAUCUGGAGAAGAUUCUGGAGGCCACUAAAGCCUACAGCAAACAGGAAGUGUCUCAACUCAACAAGAUUCACGCUGAGACCAUCAAGAUCUUAACUACACCCACUAAAGGCUAUAACCUAAGGAACCGGCUCGUGCCGCUCUCCAGCCCGGACCAUCUGAACGGACAGGUGGGAGAAGUUGAUGACAUCCAGAAUGAACAGCCGCCUCCUGAGAUGAAUGAGCUGGCCUGUGAAGCGCUCACUGAAGAGCUCAAGCAAAUGCAGGAACAGGCUCUUCGUGUUCAGGGUCAGUUAGAUGACGAGGAGGCCAAGAACAGGAAACUGCUUCAGCAAAUCAGCAAGCUGGAAGAACAGCUGACCACAGUAACCGAGCAGUCCAGUUGCACCGAGGAGAUGUUUAGCGCUGAGCGGCGUUCACUCCUGGAGGGACAGGAACUAUUUAAGGAACAAAUCAGGAUGCUGGAGCAGCAACUGGAGGAGGAGAAGAGAGAGAUGGACGUGGUGCGCGUGGAGGUGCGUGACCUGCGCGUGGUGCUGCAGUCCUCUGAUAAACAACUGGAGGACACCCGUACAGAGCUGCAGAGGGAGAAAGCAGAACACGAGAGAGAGAACACACAGCUGUCAAAGAGUCUGAUCAGCACACAGCUGGAUCUGGACAACGUCAGGUUGGAAUGGGAGCAGGUGUUGGAAAAGCAGCGUGUCCUCCAGGACGCGUUUGACACGCUGCAGGCCGAGUUUCAGUUUGAGCUGGAUCAGCACCGACAGCAGAUGGAGCUCAAGAACCAAGAGUGUUCGCAACACCAAACCCAGAUCAGUGAGUUGCAGCAGAGUCUGCAAGUAGAGAAAGAGCAGAACACCAGUGUGAGAUCCCAGCUGACUGCACACAAGGAGAGUAUGUCCAAAGAGCUUGUGCACUCUGUAGAGGAGAACGCCUUGCUGAAGAAACACAUUACUGACCUGACAAACAAAAACCAACAACAGUGUGAGCAGAUUGAUGCUCUGCAGCAGAGUGUGUGUUCAGCCAACAUCACCAUCAACAGCCUCAAUCAGAAGAUUGAACAGGACAAAGAUGUGGUGCUGGAGCUGAUGCUGGAGACCAGAGAUCUUCGCAGCGAAGUUGCUCAGAAAGAUCAGACUGUGUGUUCACUACGUGGGGAGAUCGCUGACAUCAGUGCUAAGUACAGCACCGUGUGCUCUGAGAAAGAGCAGAUGAAGGAGAAGAUCUUACACAUGGAGAACGAACUACAGGAGCUGCGUGAAGCUUCAGAGAGACGCCUCGCCUCUGACCGCGUAGAGCUGGAGCUGAUACAGGAUGAUUUGGCAUACGCUACAGAUGAGGUGGAGAGACUCAGUAAAGUGGUGAAGGAACAGGAAGCUUUACUGGAAAAUUCAAAGACCCUCAACAUCGAAAGAGAAAACAAUGUCAACACGCUGAAGGAACAGGUAAAAAAGCUGAACGAACAGAUUCACUUGUUGAAAAUGAGAGAAUCUGUCAAUCAAUCUUCAAAUGUCUCCUCCACCCCCAAAGGAAAAAUACAGACGCCCCACACCCCAUGUGGAUUCAGCUCGAGUCUGUCUCAGGUGUUGGAGUGUCAGGAGAGAGAGCUGGAGAGCCGGCGUUCCUCCAUGAUCACAAUGGAAGUUCUGCUAGAGGAACUCAACUCUGAACGCACAGCCAAGAACCAAGAGAUUGACAGAUUAAAAGCCCAACUAAAUGAAAAGGAGAUCAUUCGAAUGGAAAUUCAGACACUGCUGGACAAGUUUUACACCGUCAAGAAUCAGGUUCAGAAAAACAGCCAUUCACACGAAGACCUGCAGGAGGCCAUACACCUCUCUGUACUGAGAGAACUACAGGAAGAGCGCAAAAACAAAAGCUCCUUGUUGAUGCAGUUAACUGACACUCAAACAGAGCUGCAGCGUAAUGGAGUGACUCUAGUCCAGUCUCAGACGUGUGUGCAGGAACUGACCACUGAACUCAGGAAUCGCUGCUCGGAGCUUAGAGAUUUGCGACAGAAAGAGCAUCAACAUGAAAAAAUGCAGCAGGAAGUUGAGGUUUUAAGGAAGCAGGUGGAUCAUCUGGCUGAAGAGAAUGGGAAACUGUUGGGUCAUCAAAACCCCAAGCAGAAAAUCGAGUAUCUGGUCAAACUGAAGAAGGAAAUCACCAAACUGCAGGAGGAGAACAGCAAACUGAGACAAUGUCUUCACAUGGAAGAGAGUCCUACAGCAGGCCAUGUUAAUCCUUGACAUACUGGAUGAAAGCCAUCUUGACAAAGACCUAAACUUGAUCUUGUUUUUAAUGACUAAAUUACUUUUAAGGGUCAUCCUGAGCUGUUUUUUGGAUUCCUCUGAUGUCUGUUAAUGUUUUCGUCUUAUUCACCUUUUGUUUAUUUCUGUCAUUUUUUUCAUACAUGUAUCUGAAUGGUAGCUAUUUGUACACUGCAAAUUACUUAAAAUUGUUUUUCUAUGAAAUGUCUAUUAAAGCAACCUCUCAGUAAACAUUUCUUACAUAAAAGUAUGCUGAUCUUGUACAUCUUGCCUUAAUAAUAGAAAUGCAUUGUGAACUAUGAAAGUUUGUGUGUAGAAAAUGCACAGCUAGAAAGACCUUUGCAAAAAGACUAAUGGCUAUCCCAAGAUUUUUUGGGGGGGCAGUAAGAGCCCAGUGUGGGCUGUGAGACACCUUAAGUGAACCCUUAACCUUUGACCUGUGGUGUGUGUAUACGGUCAUGGCUAAAAACAUUGGCACCCUAAAGAGCCAAAAAGCAGUGAAAAAAAAAUCUGCUUUUAGGGCUACUGUAGAAACAACACGGUGAAUUGCAUGCAAGGGGACCUGCUGUGUAUGUAGAUAAAAAUGCUCAUUCUAAGGUAAUAAAAACACGCUUAUGUAAGCUCUUUA